AUGCAUUAUGACAGGGUCAUUAUACCUGUGGAGCAGGAGUUAAUCUACUACAUACAUGACAGCAGUGAGACCUUAGAAGACAACUUCACUGUGGUGGCCAACGACACAGGCCUGAGGAAACAGAGCUCUCCCUGUACCGUGUACAUCCAGGUCACAGCCGUCAACGACCAGCAUCCAGUCAUUACUGCCAACAGGGUUCUCCGGGUGUGGGUGGGGUCUGUCACAGAGAUCCGCUCUGAGGACCUGGAUGCCAAGGAUGAGGACACGCCCCCUGAGGAGCUGCAGGUGAUAGUGACUCCGCCCUCUAAUGGCCACCUGGCGCUGAAGAGCGCCCUCACCAGGCCCCUCUUGAACUUCACCCUGCAGCACAUCCAUCUGGGACAGCUGCUGUUCGUCCACAGUGGUGCCAUGUCUGGAGGGUUCAACUUCCAGGUGAACGACGGAGUGAACUUUGCCCCCCGACAGAUCUUCAGCAUCACAGCCAGCGCCCUGGUCCUCAGCCUGGAGAUUAACAGACUCUCAAGGUGUUCCCAGGAGGACCUGCAGGCGGUGACCAAUGACAAGAGCGACACAUCCAACCGCACCAUUACCUUCAACGUGAUUCGUCGACCAAAACUAGGCAGACUGGUGACAGUGCUGUCUGAUAAUUUGACUGUUGACGUCUCCUCCUUCACACAGACAAUGGUGGACCAGCGGGAGAUUCUGUACAUCCAGAGUCUUGUGGCGUCGGUUGGCUGGUCCGCCAUGGACUCCAUGACCUUCUCGGUGUCCUCACCUCCAGCUUCCCUGGAGAARGAGACCUUCGAGAUGGACAUCUCCUAUGAGAAUGCUGGACACGACCGCCAGACUCUGCUCCUCGCUAACACAGGUGCUGUGGUGACUGAGGGUGACCGCAUCGUCAUCGACAAGUCCAAGCUGGAUGCGUCUAACCUUAUGUCCAAGCUGCCCACACCCCAGCGCAGCUCUCACGAGAUCUGGUUCCAGGUAAAGUCUCUACCCCAGCACGGGGUCAUUGUGGUGGGAGAGAGGAACCUCACCGUGGAGAAACCCAACUUCUCCCAGUACAUCCUCAACAAGUAUGGCAUCACGUACCGGCAUGACGACUCCGAGACGCUCCACGACCGCUUUGUCUUCGACACCUGGCUGAACCCCAAGGGGAAGCCGGCCCAGCGCCCUUCGGACGACAGCCAGGUUCUGGAGGAGUGGUUCAACAUCACGGUGAUCCCAGUCAACGACCAGCCGCCCGUUCUGAAGACCAAAGCCCCCAGUCUGAGCGUAGUGCAGGGGGACACAGUGGCCCUGGGGCCGGAGAACCUCAAUGUGGAAGACUUGGACAACCCUUCAGAGGACAUCCAGUACAUCGUCAUCAGCAAGCCCAACAACGGCUAUCUGAGCCUUGGAGGAAGCCUUAACGAGUCUGUGGUGGCCUUCACUCAGGCUCAGAUCAACAGUGGGGAGGUGUACUUUGUCCAUGAUGGAAGCCGGGCUUCUGGGGUGUUUUAUUUUAGUGUUUCCGAUGGCCAUCACAAACCGGUCUAUAAACUCUUCAACCUCGAGGUGACGGAGAUCACCAUCUCCCUUAUCAACAACACUGGGCUGGCUCUGGAGCAGGGACAGACGUCUGUGGUUUUAACCCAGGAGAGUCUGGUGGCAGAGACCAACGGAAAAAACACAACUGUUCACUACCGGAUCACCGCCGCGCCACGGUAUGGCAAGAUCCUUCGGCUGGAUGACCAGGAGGUCAGCCAGUUUGAGCAGGAGGACUUAAGGACGGGUAGCUUGUUUUAUCACAUGGUGACCCUCACGUCUGGUCAGGACAGCUUUGAGUUCACCGCGUUUACAUCGGAAGCUAACCUGACGAACCAGGUUGUCAACAUCACGGUUAAGCCCCUGGUCAGGUUUGGCGAGGGGGUGAGAAUACCCAAUGGCAUCGUGGUCAAACUCAACACUGGUUUCCUCAACGCAACUGAGCUGGCUUCUCUAUCCGUCAGCGACCCUUUCUUCGAGGUUGUCUCUCAUCCAAAGUAUGGAAAGCUGGUCCGAGGAAAACCCAAAGCUGGUAAGAAAACCGAGCCACUGGAGUCAUUCUCCUUUCAGGAUGUGAAGCAGGAGAGGUUAUCCUUCGAGCUCAACGCUAACAUGACUGGAGUGCAGGAGCUGAACGACUCUUUGGUGUUCAUUCUGAAAGCGGAGAACGUCCCACCUGCCAGGGGAGAGUUCUGGUUCACUGUCGUUCCGUAUGAUCCAUCGCUAGUCCUYACCACCAACAGUCCCGUCCUAACCACCAGCAGUCCUUUCUCUCAGCCUCUGAACCAAACGACAGUGUUUGGUGUUGGGACGGCACUACCCUCCCUGUCCACCUCCCUCCUUUCCACACAGAGACCCAGCAAGACCCACCAGAAGUUCAAAGGUCGCAACCGCUGGGGGAACACCAACCGGAACGACUCGGCAGGUACAGAUACUACUCUGGGCAAGCCCACUCUGAGUAAAGGAGACGGCAAUGAGAUUCCCUUUGUGAAUACACCGGUCCGUGUAGAGUCAUACCCUCAGGAGACCUCCAACCUGAUACUGGUGAUCCUACCUCUCCUGGCCAUGCUCUUAUUGGUCAUAAUCCUGGUGGUGCUGGUUCUGCUGCUGCGACGCAACAGGAAGAGGAAACAGAAACCUGUCACCCCGAAGCCGCCACCCUCACCCUCACCCUCAACCCCACCGGCCUAUAACGGCCAGUCGCAGAGGAGCGCGGCUGUUCCCACGGUAACUGUGACCCCACUGAGCCCCAGUAGCCCUGCCCUGGACAGGCUGUUUCCUUCAGCCAAUCAGGGCUUAGUUAGCAACUCCACAUCACUGCCACUUUGCUCGUGGAACGGUGUAGAUCCAGAGAGUUCAGCCCAGCUCAUUAGGACCACGCCCCCCACUCUACAGCAGAACCAGUACUGGGUAUGACUCUGUAGCUGCUGCCACCUAGGGGUGGGGUGUGGAAGUGGACUGUCUACCCUGUACACUAACAUCCAUUCCUAACACGCCCACCAACCCCACUCAUCGUUAUACUGUAAACCAUGACACUACUGUACUAUUUGUUUUGUGAUAUAAUCAAAACAUUUUCUACCGACGCUAAGCACAAUCAGCACUGGGAAUGACAACCACUACCCCCACUUUGCAACAUAAUAAGGAGCU